GGAUUUUUGUCUCAUAUCUCAAACAUCAUAUGUUUGGGACAAAACCAUAGUAAUGAUGCCUAGGUUCAGCCUUGACAUAUAAGUAAGCAAUCAAAGGUAGCCCACAAUUUGUGCACAUACUCUUUCUCUCUCUUCUCCGCACUACCAGACACGAGACAUGGUUUCAAGUUAACAACUUAUGGAUAGUACUAUCACCCAACAAGAAGUGAGAGAACAAAAACAGACCCAACAACAGCACCAGCACCAGAAGCAUUGUGCCCCAUUGGUGAGGCUCAGAAGGUCCACUAAUCCUAACCCGUUUUCCAUUCUGGUCUUCUGGGUGUCUAAAUCUCUUAGAAGUUUGUGUUUCAGAGUUCAACUAUCACAAGGGUUUUGCUUGAGAAGGAUUCAGUACCAUGGCGUCGUGAUUAACAACUCUGUCCUCUAUGCUUCUUCUUCUUCGUCUUCUUCUUCAUCUGGUUUUGUUGAAGGGAAAGCUGCUGCAAUGGAGGGUUUGAGUUUGGUUGAGGAGAGUGAGGUUGUUGAAGAAAGUAAAGGAGCUGAAAAUGGUGGUAAGAGAGGAACUUUUGCUCAUUUGAUUGAAGAAAAGGGUCGUGAGAGCAGUUUCAGCUCAGAUUUUCUGUCAUCCGAGACCACUCAUGAGGAGCACAGUAGGAGUAGCACUGAGGACUCGUCUUCACCACCUUCGGUGGGUUGGACUGUUCAGGAAAUUGCUGCAUCAGAUUGUGCCAGUCCUCAUGGCAGUGAAGAUGGAGAGAAGAAGAACUCCGUUUUGGAGAGUAAGGAGUUUAAGAAACAAGUUUCAGCCUUACCACCAGAGAUUGAGAUGAUGAAGGAAAGGUUUGCAAAAUUGUUGCUUGGAGAAGAUAUGUCAGGUUGUGGAAAUGGGGUCCCUACAGCCUUGGCCAUCUCAAAUGCCAUAACCAAUCUAUGUGCUACACUCUUUGGGCAACUUUGGAGAUUAGAACCCCUGCGUUCAGAGAAGAAAGCGAUGUGGCGAAGAGAGAUAGAGUGGUUUCUUUCUGUCAGUGAUCAUAUAGUCGAAUUCACACCUAAUUGGCAGACAUUUCCAGAUGGAACCAAGCUUGAGGUCAUGACUUGUCGACCGCGCUCAGAUCUUUAUGUCAAUCUUCCUGCUCUGCGCAAACUAGACAAUAUGCUUCUUGAAAUUCUAGAUAGUUUUGUGAAUACAGAGUUCUGGUAUGUAGACCAGGGGGUUCUAGCUUCGGAUACCGAUGGUCCAUCAUCAUUCCGGCAAGCACUUAAGCGGCAGGAGGAGAAAUGGUGGCUUCCUGUACCACGAGUCCCUCCCUGCGGUCUCCAUGAAAACUCAAGGAAGCAGUUGCAGCACAAACGUGAUUGUACAAACCAAAUAUUAAAGGCUGCAAUGGCCAUUAACAGCAUCACUAUAGCAGAAAUGGACAUUCCUGAGUCCUAUUUGGAAUCUCUUCCAAAGACUGCUAGACUAAGCUUGGGGGAUGUUAUACAUCGUUAUAUCACAUCAGAUCAUUUUUCUCCUGAGUGCUUGCUAGCUUGCCUUGAUUUAUCUUCUGAGCAUCAAGCUAUAGAGAUUGCGAACCGAGCCGAGGCUUCAAUGUACAUUUGGCGCAAGAAAACCAACUCCAAGCCUGCCAUCAGUGCCAGGUCUAGUUCAAGAUCAUCAUGGGAAAUGGUCAAGGAUCUGAUGGUUGAUGCAGACAAGAGGGAUUUGUUUGCAGAGAGAGCCGAAAGCCUCUUGCUUUCCUUGAAGCAGCGGUUUCCUGGUCUGCCUCAGACAACCUUGGAUACAAGCAAAAUCCAAUACAACAAGGAUGUUGGAAAAGCCAUUCUGGAGAGCUACUCUAGAGUACUGGAAAGUUUGGCAUUUAACCUGGUAGCACGGAUUGAUGAUGUGCUCUAUGUGGACGACUUGACCAAACAUUCAGAUAAAAUCUCUUCACUCUCAAAAGUUGGUGUAGUAACUCACAAGCAGAGAAUAUCAGUUCCAUACUCAGUACCUGUCCCCAGCACACCCUACAAAUCGGCUUUAGGCACACCAGCCCUUUCUCCAUCACAUAUCAGUCCUUCCAAGGGAGGGAAGUCUCCACUCAACAAUGAGAACAACCUCCAUCAAAGAGGGGCAGGUGUGAAGAAAUCUUUGACUGAUUUUCUCAGCAUUGAUCCAAAAGGGAGGGACAGUGGCAGUUCAACUGGGAAACAAGUUUCAGAAUCAAAUAGAGUUGAUGAAGAAGUGGCAACAUGUGAAACAGAUGUGGAGUCCAGUGAUUGCACAGAAGGUGUUGCCAGCCCAAGUAUCCUGGACCGGAAAUGGCAUGUGUGAGGCUAUUGAUCUUUCAUAGCUGAAGCAUUUUUCAACUGCUCUUUUUUUUUUCUCAUCUCUGUAUCAUUUGUAUGUAUAUGAAACAUGUAGAAGGAUUCAACACAGUAAAGAGUGGGUAGUGUUUUUGUUAUUUA